CUAGAAAUAGCCGUCACCCUGGCACACAGAUAUCCCUCUUCCCCCGCAUCACGAUCGGUGCUGGCCGUGCUAGUCAACGGCCCGACGUCCUUGGCCUCCCGGGUCCACUUCUCGCCUGCAUUCUACAUCGGUACUGCGCUCGCCGUUGCAGGCGGGAUCGUUCGGUAUCAGUGCUACCGCACGAUGGGCCGCUUCUUCACGUUCGAGAUUGCCAUGAGGAAUGGCCAUCGGCUCGUCACAACCGGCCCGUACGCGUAUGUCCGCCACCCGUCGUACACGGGCUGGCUGGUCGCCAUGGUCGGCCCAGGGAUCUGCUGCGCCAGUCCGGGAUCGUGGUUCCGGGAGUGCCGCAUCUACGAAACGGCUUGGGGAAAGUUCGGAGCGGCGUUGUAUGUGUUCUUCUGUCUGCUGUCUCUGGUGCCCGCCGUCGUGCGCCCUCCGACGGAGGACCGGCUGCUACGAGAGCAGUUUUGCGAGGAGUGGGAUGCGUGGGCACGGAGAGUCCCGUACAGGCUGAUUCCAUAUGUGUACUGA